GCUAGGUGUCGCUGAUCAGGAAAACCACUUCCGAUUUUCGGCGCGUUGUUGUCAUUUGGCAUUUAUUACAGCAAUUGAUUUUCUGCAUCUAAACUAUUUCAGUUAAUAAUAUUGAAAAGAUGGAUGAUGAUCUCGGCAUUGACGGUGUUGAUCCAAGUGUCAGCUUUUUAUACAAGACUAUGUUUUCCCGAGAUCCAAAGAAGAGACGAGUAAAGCCUGUUCAAAAACAUCUGAUACAAGUAGAUUUUGGUGGUCUUGAUGAUAGUGAAGAAGACAGUGAUUUUGAAUUAAACGCCCAUAAAGAGGGUCACAACAGUGACAGUGGGGAGGAAGAAAGUGAUAAGGGAUCCAAGGAGUCCAGUGAAUCCAAAGAAGCAGCAUCCGAAGCCGAAAACGCUGAAGAAGAGGAGGAGGAAGAAGCAGCAGCAGAAGGGGAGGCAGAAUCCUCAGAAGGAAAUGAUGACGAUGAUGAUGAUAAUGGUGAUGACAGCAAUGAUGAGAGUAAUGAUGAGAGCUCUAGUGACAAUGAUGAAGAUGCAGACAGUUCACGUGAGGAGCCAGCCUUCAAUUUUUUCGGUGAUUAUGAUGAAGAUGAGGAUGAGGAUUAUGUUCCAAAGAAGAAGGAUAAGCAGAAAAAGGCUGUAGUAGACACAGUUGUUAAAUUGAAGUUGCCAGAGGCCAAGCUUCCACCUGUCUCUGAAACACAGCUAAAAGUCAACCAUGGCCACAUUAAAGUCCUCAUAUGUUGUGUUUGUCUGUCAGAUACAAAUGCUGACGAUGAUGAAAUAGUUGAAUGUGACAACUGCGGUGUGUCUGUGCAUGAAGGUUGCUAUGGUAUCAGUGAGAGUCAGUCUGCCGCCAGCACGGAGUCGUCUGCGAGCACGGAGCCCUGGUUCUGUGAUGCUUGCAAGGCUGGAGUGAAACCUCACUGCGAACUGUGUCCCAACUUUGGUGGUAUAUACAAGGAAACAGAUGCUGGCAAAUGGGUACACCUUGUGUGUGCUUUGUAUACCCCUGGUGUGGCGUUCGGAGAUGUUGACAAGCUCAGUCCCGUUACACUGUUUGAGAUGCCCUAUGUGCGAUGGGGAGCAAGGGAGUGUGCACUGUGUGAAGAUGCACGGUUUUGCCGGACUGGAGUGUGUAUUAGCUGUGAUGCUGGCAUGUGUAGAACAUACUUCCACGUCACAUGUGCUCAGAGAGAAGGUCUGCUGUCAGAAGCUUCACCUGAAGAAGUAAUGGAUAUAGCUGACCCUUUUUUUGCUUACUGCAAACUCCAUGCAGACAAAAACUCUGCUCGUGCGAAGAGACGCAACUGGCUUGCCAUCCAGUCUCAUGUCCGGCGCCACUCCGACAGAGUCCUGGAAGAUGAGAAAGAAAAGGUGGAACAUUCCGCAAGAUUUCACAGGAAACUCAACAGACAUCGACAGAAAUAUGCCAUCGCAAAGUCAAGGCGUCCGCCUUCAUGGGUGCCAACACAAAAGUUAGUGAGAUUUCUGACCUCAAGCCCGUCAGCAGUAAGAAGAAUGUUGAAAAAGGCUGAACUCAUGGGCGUCAUAACACAGGUUCAUAACUCCUCCCAUGGGCACGAGAAGCAAGAAACUCGGAAGAAGUUGCACAUUGCUCCUGCUCUAACAUCCGACUUCAUAGGCUACUAUCUUGAGAGGAACGCUCGUAUCGAGAACCUGAAGCAGAACAUGAAGGAUCUCCUCACACAGAAUGAUAAACUCAAAGAUCAAGAGAAAAUACUCCGCAGCCAGUAUGAUCAACUGUUUGCUGCUCUAGAGAAACACAAAGAGUCUACAACCAAGCUGAGAAAGGAAGGGGAGAAAAUGUGGGAUAACCUGUCAGAAACUGGUGGAAAGGUAACCAUGAAAGUAAACAUUCCCGAAAUGUUUCGUCCAAAGAACGUCCCUCGAUCACCAACAAAGAAGGAAACGCCCAAAUCUCCACCUGCUGUCAUUCACAAGUGCGGCAUCUGUGUGUUGACAACAGACCAGCAUCUGCUGGCCAAGUGUGACAGUUGUAAGAAGCACUACCACUUGGGCUGUCUCGACCCACCUCUCACCAGAAUGCCCAAGAAGACCAAAUUACAGGGAUGGCAGUGUUCCGAGUGCGUCAGCUCCAGCAGUGAUGAGUCGGUGGAGAAGAGUAACGUCAAUGUUGAUGCUCCUCGACGCUUACGUGAAACCAUCAAACAACCUCAGAAGUUUGUCAACAUGCAGAGACUUGAGAUGCUGAAGUAUUCCUUGCAGAAAGAGAAGAGGAACAAAAGCAAGAGUGUCAAGAGGAGCAGCAGCAGCAGCAGCAGCAGCAACAGCAGGAAGAAGAAGAUUGUAGAACCAGAGAAACAGGAAGAAGAGGUGGAGAUAAUUCCUACUCCUGUACCUGAACCAGAGCCGGAACCAGAGCUGGAACUGGAGGAGCCAGAGCCAGAGCCAGAGCCAGAACCAGAACCAGAACCAGAACCAGAGCUGGAACAAGAACCGGUUUUAGAACCACCACCAAAGAAAACCAAGAUGACUCCCACCACUUCUGCCCCAAAGAAGCCUACAAAACCUAUAAAAGAAGAGGAGCAGAGAACACUGUGUGUUGUGUGUAACCAACCUGGAUCCAACAGCAACCUGGUCAGCUGUGAUGAGUGCCAGCUGUGUUACCACUUCCAGUGUCUGAAUCCCCCCACCAGAAAGUCCCCCAAACCCCGAGGGUACACGUGGCACUGUGAAGCCUGUGACCCCACAGAUGAGUCGACCUCUCCAGAGAAAGAGACACACACGAAAUGGACGAUGAUGAUGAAGAUGAAGGUACCGGCGAGGGGGAAGUCCACACGCGACCGUCGUCUCCCGAAGAAGUUAUGGAACAUGUGGAAAUUGUGAAUCUAGGUGAUGAGGAUGCUGAUGUUGAUGUUGAAGAGGAGGAGGAGGAUAUUGUACAGAUUGACGACAGUGACUAACAGAUAUGACAAUCCAGCAGCGGAUCAAAACUGACAUGUUUCACGUAAUAUGUAAAAAUAAUGGCCAACAUUCAUUAAAUCAAAUCAGUGUUUUAAAAGUCAGUGUAGGCAGAUAUGGCUGACAGCAUCUUCCGGAGGCAUUUAUGUCCACUUGCCUGAAAACUUGGCAAACUUGGCACUUUUUUGUAGUAGUGGUCAGCCUCUCUUUUGGUAGAUAUAUUAAGUAAAUAUGAAUGUGAAUGAGACAAAUUUUAAAUUAUCUUCCACAUUCUUUUGUUUACUUGUCCUUUGGUGGUUCUUGUUGUAGAGAAGUGAAAAUUUGCUGGUCAGAUUUAUUUCAAUCAGUAUUGAUGGUGUAAAAUGUUGAAACGUGGACACAUGUUACUGUGCAGCAAAGAGCAGAGGUGCUGCCAACACACAUACUGUAACUGGAUUACUUCCCCUUGCCUGAUAGCCCACUCAAGGGUUCAUGUACUUUCUGUUCAGUGCUUAUAUAUUUUCACAUUAAAUAGUGUCAUGACUUUUAUGACAUACAUGGAUA